GACGCUGGAAGUAAGCGAAGUUUGCGCAUUAACUUCCAUUACGCACUUCCAGGUAUCAGUGGAAGUUUUUUUCCAUAUUGAUUAGUUAUGUCGCUUUUGUUGUUUACCCAUUAAUUUUCCUCUAAUUGUGUUGAAAAUAAAAAAUUUAAUUUGGAAAAUAUUACGUGAAUACAUUUAAAGACGGCGUAGCAUUUGCGGCUUUCCGAUACUUUCCAACCUGACGACGAACUGCACGAUUGGUAAGACAGUCGUGAAGCAACCCCAGAUGUCCACUGGAGUGGGAGGCGGAGGAAGCAGCAUCACUACUGACCACAGCCGAUUAUAUUUCCUCAAUUCGCCAUCAACACCUCUUUCCGCGCGCGAUCCAUUUUUCAUCAAGCCGGAAUACCUCAACUAUGAAAAUCCCAUGCACCACCUCUACCCUAGCAACCGGGGUUUAAUCGACUAUAACAACUAUACUAGUGCUGCAGUAGCAGCAGUCAGUAGUAGUAGCGGUAAUACAUCCACAAACGCCGUUGCAGCUGUCGCCGCCCUUAACUUAGAGAAUACUUUCCAGCAACCUCAAUCACAGCAAUCGUCAUCAUCGUCGUCGCAGCAACAGCAGCAGACGACCACUUCAUCGACGGGACAGCAGCAAACGCAGCAAGCCCAACCGCUUCCUUUGCAACUUCAACUCAGCACACCGCCAUCAACUCGAGCGCAAAAAGCAGCUCGUCGGCGGAGCAACGAAUCAGUGGAGGCACGCCAGCGACGACUAGCACGAAACGCUGCCCGGAUGCGCGAAAAACGAGCCAAAGAAAGCGAAGAAGAAUAUCGGAUUCGCCUUGCGAAAAAUGCGGAAGCGAACCGUGUACGACGUCAGAAUGAAAAUGAAGUACAAAGAACCCUAAGACUGAUGAAAAAUGCCGCCAGACAGCGACUGCGGCGCGCUAGUGAAACUCCAGAGGAACGCAAAAAGCGCCUAGCAAAAGCUGCAGAACGAAUGCGAACUGCGCGAGCCAAUGCACCAAAGGUGUAUAAGCCACCGCUGGAGGAUCGCCUUAAGGGUUACUAAAUAAAUGAAUACAUUUACUCCAACAGGCAGCAUCAGAUCUAUCUCACAGUGGACAAGAAGACGUAUGAGACAACAAAUCUACUGGAUAGUGGCAAAAACAAGACGCAAAAAGAAAUGUUUUAGCAUAAGGGAUUUAGUCGCACACGCAUUGGCAUAAGUCCUGGCUACUUGGCUUUCACUGCGAUCGUAUCAUGAGAGGGUGUAGGAGGCUAAUUAAGGGCAACCCGAGUAAGCCCCUCAUCCGAACAUUUAAUUAAGUUUAUGGAAUAAAGUAUUUUUAUAAUGCAUGCAUUACAUUAAUAUAAGAUGAAAUGUAAUAAUAUAACAUAAUAUAACAAAUAUAUAGAAGCGUACAUAUGUAAAUGUAGUCAGUCACACAAAUGAGCAAACAUGAGCAAACAAACACACCAAUUAGUUCCACAAUCACACAAACAAAUGAACGCAUUAUUAUAACUACAAUGUA